AGUCAAUGCAUUGGGUGCGCGGAUGCGGGAGAGAAAUAAAUGAGGAGUCAUAGCGAAGACAUCUUUGUAGCCAAGGGAAAGGGAACUGACGUUGGGGAUCGCUGGAGCGGGGAGCAGAGGGAGCCUGCUGGGUCUGGCUUCCACCCGCAGCAAGCUAACAUCUGGGCACAGCUGUUUCCCGGAGCCCUUUCUGCCGCUGCACGUCGCCUUCUUUGGCGGCCAUGGAGUCGAAUGGCAGUUUCCUCGGUUGCAACAGCUUGAAAGAUGACAAGGACCUGAAGUUCCUCUUGAAAGGCAGCCAGCUGCUAAAAGUGAAGUCAAGCUCUUGGAGGAAGGAGCGGUUUUAUAAGCUCCAGGAGGACUGCAAAACCAUAUGGCAGGAAUCAAAGAAGAUGCUGAGGUCUCCAGACUCACAGAUCUUCUCUAUUGAAGAUAUUCGGGAUGUGAGGUCAGGCCAUAAAACAGAAGGUAUGGAAAAAUACGCCAAGGAUGUACCAGAGUAUCGCUGCUUUUCCAUCAUUUUCAAAGACCAGCGGAAAAACCUGGACCUCAUUGCAAGUUCAGAGGAUGAUGCCAACCACUGGGUCUGCGGCCUUGGGAAAAUCAUAGCCCACAGCAACUCCAUGAACCAGAAACAGAAACUCCAACAUUGGAUUCACACCUGCCUGCGGAAAGCUGAUAAGAACAAAGACAACAAGAUGAGCUUUAAAGAGCUCAAGAACUUCCUGAAAGAAGUGAACAUUGAAGUUGAUGACUAUCAUGCCAAGGAGAUUUUCCAGUACUGUGACAAGUCCAAAACAGAGGCUCUGGAGGAUGAUGAGAUAGAGGAAUUUUACAAGAUACUGACAGAGAGAAAGGAAAUAGACACAAUCUUCCAAAAGUACUCAGAUGCAGAAGGGCUCAUGUCCUGCCAGAACCUGGUGAGGUUCCUCUAUGAGACACAGCAAGAAGAAGAUGCUGUUGUUGCUGCUCCUCCCUUAAUUCAGAGAUACGAGCCCAGUGAACGAGCCAAGAAGCGUAAUGCCAUGACCAAAGAUGGUUUCCUGAUGUACUUGCUGUCUGAUGAUGGGAAUAUAUUCAACACAUCCCACCGUAAAGUUUACCAGGACAUGACUCAACCUCUCAGUCACUACUUUGUAUCAUCCUCACACAAUACCUACCUUAUGGAUGACCAGCUUACAGGCCCUAGCAGCACAGAAGCCUACAUCAGAGCCCUCACCAAAGGUUGCCGCUGUGUGGAGCUGGACUGCUGGGAUGGCCCUAACUCGGAACCUAUCAUUUAUCAUGGCUACACUCUCACCUCCAAGAUCCUCUUCUGUGAUGUCAUUAAGGCCAUCAAGAACUAUGCUUUCAAAACUUCACCGUACCCUGUCAUCAUCUCCCUGGAGAACCACUGCAGCCUCGACCAGCAGAAGGUCAUGGCUCAGCACAUGACAACGAUCCUGCAGGACAUGCUCCUGGUCGCCCCGAUUGAUGGAAGCAAAUCACAGUUCCCCUCCCCAGAGCAACUGAAAGGGAAGAUCCUUGUGAAAGGCAAGAAGCUGAGCAGACAGGAAGACCCCACUGGGACAAAUGGGAACAACAACCUGGAGGCUGAGGAUGUCUCUGAUGAAGAUGAAGCAGCUGAAAUGGAAGAUGAAUCUGUGAAGACAGAGGUGCAGCAGAAAGGGAAGAGAGACACCCUCAAGCUGGCCAAAGAGCUGUCAGACACAGUUGUCUACUGCAAGAGUGUUCAUUUCAAUGGCUUUGAAGACCCCAGUCACCCUCGAGCUUUCUAUGAGAUGUCAUCGUUCACAGAGAGCAAAGCUCUGAAACUAGCUCAGGAGUCUGGAAACAGUUUUAUUCUUCAUAACAUCAGGCACUUGAGCCGAAUAUACCCUGCAGGCUGGAGGACAGAUUCUUCCAACUACAAUCCUGUUGACUUGUGGAACGUCGGCUGCCAGAUUGUUGCCCUAAAUUUCCAGACAGGAGGCACAGAAAUGGAUGUCUACCAGGGCCGGUUCCAGGACAAUGGGUUUUCUGGGUAUGUCUUAAAGCCGGAAUUCCUCCGGGAUGAGCAAACCAAAUUCAAUCCAAAAUCCAUCACAGAAGGAACAUGGGGGACAAAGAAGAAGCUUCUACUUAAAAUCAUCUCUGGUCAGCAGCUGCCCAAAGUAAACAAGAGCAAAAACUCCAUCGUUGAUCCUAGGGUAACAAUUGAGAUCCAUGGCGUCCAGCAGGAUAACAACAAGAAGCAGACCAAAGUCAUUGAAAAUAAUGGCUUCAACCCAAAGUGGGACGAAGAGUUUACAUUUGACAUAGAGAUCCCUGCACUUGCCCUGGUCCGAUUUGUGGUAGAAGACUUUGACAUGUCAACCAAGAACGACUUCAUUGGGCAGUAUACUGUUCCCUUCACCAGUCUGAAGCAAGGUUACCGCCACAUUCACCUUCUGACCAAGAACGGAGACCCGUACUCCUCCUCCACCCUCUUUGUGUAUGUCAACAUCCAGGACUGUGAUUAGCAGCUCAGCUCUUUCAGGGUGCGUUGGACCAUCUUACAGACCUACAAGGAACUCAGCACAUGUCAUCUGCCAAUGUCAGGGUCCCAUCAAACCCACAGUGCCUUCUCCAGAGCAGCACAUGGUACCCAUGGGGUCCUGACGUAAAAUAGCCAUCAACUCCCUCCCUCCUGCGAGUUGGAAACAUCCUAAUGCUGCUGUUGAGAUUAAUCCUUUUGUACUUGUUCAACCAAUCCAGCUGUGUUUUUGAGUUCACUUCAUAUAGUGUGAUUUUUAAUUCUGCUUUUAGUAAGAGGAUAGAGGCUCCUUUUUAGCAAAUCCUGAUUUGGGUUUGGUCACACAUCUGAACAAAAUACCUAACAUCUAUGCAAGAAAAACCCACUUUGACACUGAAAUCAGGAGCCAGACACCAGGUGACUUCUUGCAACUUCAGCUGUCAGCCAUUCUUUACCAUCCUUUACCAUGAAGUCCUAAAGGAGGAUACGACUCUCCUCUUAUCUGUUACAGAUUAAAACAAGAAAGCUGCACUACAAAGGGCCGUGUUAUAUAACUUGACUUUCUUUUUGUAUUAUAAUAAAAAAUACAUGAAUACUGCUCUGCCUGUGUGCCUGGCUUCCAGCCAGGUCGCUUUGCAUUCAGAGCCUGGCUCUUAUCCUGUGAAGGAGAAUAAAACUGCAGAAUGGCAAAUUUCCCUCUAUCCCAAAGUGAAGCCCACUUAGAGGGACUGCAGAGAUGAGAGUGGAAAUAAAUACACUGAACUGACAGUAGGGCGUUUUGUUUUGUUUUUAUAGGAAAAUCUCUUUUUUAACCCCGAGGAAGCAGUGGUAGAAAGAGUUUUAAAUGUUAGCUUGAUCCCAUUGCACUGCAGAGGUAACCCAGCACAAGCAGACAAAAGAGUUUUGAACAACAACCCAGUAUUUAUGGCAAAAGGUGUUUGUUUUUUUUUUCUAGCACAAUAGUGGAGUUAAGUGAAUAUUGUUGAAAUAAAAUAAUAUAUAUUUUGAA